AUGUUGGUCAAGGCAGCUGUCAGGCCGUGGGCCGCGGUACCUGGUGGGACAAGGCGAACACUGGUCUUUUCACCGCACUCCUCCCGAUCACUCUCUACAAUUACAGCAAAGAAGUCGUUUCAAUUACGAUCGCGGACGUCAACACAAAAUGCUUCCGGACUGAUAAGCACAUCAUGGAGCCCGGGUCUUCUCCCAGCCGCUGGCGCAUCGUCCUCUCGCUUCAAUUCCACCGCGGCGUCACCUAGCCCAGCCGCCGAGCCCGCCGCAUCUGUGGCUAUCGACUCUACCGUGAAUGCGCCGGUAUCUAGCGGCGCUCAGGCAAUUGAUUCGCUUUCUGCUGCGGACCUCGUGAGCGUGGACAUUUCCCAGAUUCCCGAAAAGCUAGGCUACUUAAAAGCAAUCGGUUUAGAUUAUGGCUGGGGUCCUUCGCGAGUAAUAGAAACCGUCCUUGAAUCGCUUCAUAUUUACGGCGGGCUUCCAUGGUGGGGUGCUGCGAUAGGGACUUCGGUGCUGCUCCGUUUGUUCGUGUUGAAAUUUGCCAUGGGGGCGUCCGAUACCUCCGCCAAGGUAGCCAGUAUCAAACACAUCACUCAGCCAUUCCAGGUGGAGAUACAACGGUGUUACAGAGAAAACGACACUGUUGGCUUGCAACGUGUGCUACAGCAGCGGAAAAUCAUCAAUGAAUCACACGAUAUAAAGCUCAGGAGACUGGCUUAUCCAUUGGUGCAACUUCCACUCAGUUUCGGCGCCUUCCGAGUCUUGCGAGGCAUGUCUGCAUUGCCAGUACCGGGAUUAGAUUCUGAGUCCUUCCUUUGGCUCUCUAAUGUCACAGUGCACGAUCCAUACUUUAUCCUCCCCAUCACAACCGGACUUAUAAUGCACUAUACAUUCAAGCUUGGUGGUGAAAACGCUGGCGCAAACGACCCCACCGCGAUGAUGGCCAAACCCAUCUUGCUCUACGGCCUCCCAAUUCUAUCGACCGUUUGCACAUCCUUCCUACCAGGAAUCCUCCAGAUUUUCUUCGCCACAACCUCAGUGUUAGCAAUCGGCCAAUCCUACGCCUUCCGCCACCCUUCCAUCCGCGCCAUGACCGGAAUGGCGCCCUUCCCCAGCCCCGCCGUCAUUGAUACCACAGCCUCCGAACCCAAAGCGCGUAUCCUCGAAGUCCAAACAAAUAACCCCGAGCAAGCCCCGGACCAAGUCGAGACGGUGCCUAAAGUCAGCUUCAUAGACCGAUUCAUCACCAGCUUCCAAAGGUCCGUUAGCUCCACUCGUAAGAAGAUGGAAAGUUACACCGGCCAGAACGAAAAGGUCGAGACGUUUGCCGAUGGGACCCCCAAGUCCCGCUUGACGAAGAAGCAGCUUGAGGACGCUAUUGCUUAUGAAAAUAGACGGAGGGAAGAACUCUCUAUUGAGCGGGAGACGCGGAAUAAAGAGCGACAGAUGGAGUAUAGACGGAAGCUUGCAGAGAAGAAGAGGAAACAAAGAGAAUUAUGA